AUGUUGCAGCUUGCUCGCUGCGGAAGUGUAGUGUCUAGUGACAUCACCGAGACGUCCCUGACCAUCGACGGCGUGGUGUUUGUUAUUGAUCUCGGAUAUGCUGCCCCCCCCAGCCUAAUCUCCUCCGAUCAUCUGCCUCUGUUGCCUGAAAAUCCCCAGAUAAACAGAGCAGCGCUGCACCUGACAGCAGCAGAGAUGGAAAAGCCUGUUAUUAAUUCCGCUGACAUUUCUCCAGCACGGAGCCAAGUCAUACAUGUGGCUCAAUCAGAGAUGAUACACACAAUCCGCCGGGUGCAUAUAUGUGUGCACGUGUGUGUGUGUGUGUGUGUGUGUGUGUGUGUGUGUGUGUGUGUGUGUGUGCACGUGUGUUUGUGCUUGUGUGUGUGUGCUUAUGUGUUAGUGUCUCGUCCUCUGUGUGUCCCCCUGUAACCUGCACACAAACGCUGGUCGUAACUUUGAUGCCCCUUAUGCCGCAUCUCUUUUCUAGAUGUUAGUGAACCUGUGUUUAGAGUUGCAAAAAUCUGUGAAUGUUCAAUUAAUUCCCUGGUUUUCCCCGAUAUCCCGGUUGGAUGUUCCUGGAAUCAGGAGAGAAUAGGCAGGAAAUCCGCAAUCCUCCAACCAGGAUUUCUGUUAAACCAGGGAAUUUAUUGAACUUUCCCAGAUUUCUGCUACCCUACCUGUGUUUGUAUAUGAAAGAGAGAUUUGAAUUCAGUCUAUGCUGCACCUGUCCGCCUUGCUGUUCCUGCCAGGUGUAUAAUCCUCAUAUCAGAGUGGAGUCUCUCCUGGUGAAGGCCAUCAGCAAAGCCUCGGCCCAGCAGAGGGCGGGCCGCGCCGGGAGGACACGCCAAGGGAAGUGCUUCCGCCUCUACACAGAGAAGGCCUACAAGACUGAGAUGCAGGUUAGUUGUGGCACAGCUAGAAUAAUCACAUUGUUCCCAGAUGAAUUGAUGUCUAAUAACUGAUUGAUUCUUCAAAGCUUAGGGCAUGAAGAAUCUCAGAAAUAAAUAUAUUUUGAUUUGUUUAACACUUUUUUGGUUACUACAUGAUUCCAUAUGUGUUAUUUCAUAGUUUUGAUGUCUUCACUAUUAUUCUACAAUGUAUAAAAUAGUAAAAAUAAAGAAAAUCCCUUGAAUGAGUAGGUGUUCUAAAACCUUUGACCGGUAGUGUAUGUACUUAGAAAGGUCUCCAUUCCCAGUUAUCCAGUAUUUCCACCCAGAACUAAAGUCACCUUUUCUUUAUUCAGCCCUUUUCACUCUGAGAGCUGGAUUCCCCACCAAUCACCCACAGCUUUUUUUAAUAACCUGCGCCAGUGACACAGACCCCCCCCUGUGACAAAUGAACAGGUGAAAGACCCAGUCCUCCACUUUAACAAGGUAAUUCUUUCACAUCCCGGCAACUGGUGAUCCCUGGCAGAGGGAUUUGAAAACAAGUUAAAUAGCCCUUCAAAACGACCCCAGACUUCCAUUUUCUGUUCACUUUGACGUACGAGAUAUCGGCACCCUGACUAAUUCGUUUUGAUUUGAACACCUCCCCUCCGGUUUCCCCUCCUCUUCCUCUGUGACAGGACAAAACGUAUCCUGAGAUUUUUAGGUCCAACCUGGGUUCGGUUGUGCUGCAGCUCAAGAAGCUAGGUACCAACGAUUUGGUACAUUUUGACUUCAUGGACCCACCAGGUAAGAGGUCUUAUAUUGCAUUUAGACAAAAGGGAUACAUCUUGUUUUUGUGAUACUAGGGGCCCUAUCCAAUCAAUUUCAGUCGAGGCUAAAUUAACAUUAUUGCUGCUCAGUGUGUGUGUAUACAGAGUGAUGUUAUAAGUUGCUGUAAAUCACAAAGCCAAACCAUUAUUUUCACAGAAAAAAAGAUUAAUGUUCUUGACUCAUCCUGGAAACCCUGUUACGGAGAUUGAUUGAAUAGGGCCCCAAGUUGUAAAUUGUGGGCUUUGAUAAAUAGCAUCAUGGUGAAUAUGUCUCACUUUGAUCACAGAAUCUGUUAAGGUCUUAAGAACAGACAUGGACCGGUAGAAACUGUUGCUCUGAAGUCCACAAAACCUUUUGUUCAAUUGUAGAUGUUUGAUGUAUGACACCCAAUCUGGGUCAGCUAUGUCACUUUUUUGAAGAGAAAAUGAAAAUGUGAAAAAUCACAUUCUGAGUAGUUGUAGAGUCAAAAAUAAUUUAGCAGAAUGGUCACAUUGGACCUUGUGGUUCUUUGCUCUUUUGUCAGAAUAGGUGGUUAAACUCCACUGUCAAAACUAGUCUGUUUCUAUCUGCUCUGUGGGUACAUGGUGCAGUGGCUGGGAGGAGUAGUUUGUGGCCGGUGAGUCGGUGUGUUUGGGCUAUCGCUUCUCCAAGCGCUCCCUGUUCAUUCGUACUGGGCUAGAGCCUGGACAAAACACAGAGAGGCUCUUUGGCUCGUCCCAAUGUCACACUCGAGAGACACCAAGCCAGGCCACUGGCUUCCUUCCCAGCAGCCCUAGAGCCAAUGCACCGUGUGUGUUCUUACUCUCCCCAAGGAGAACCCCACUUCCCUCGGUCUCUCUCUACCUAGCCUCAAGCCCACACACACUCCCCCUCUCUCUCCACCUUAAUACAGUUUUCAUCUCCCCUCCGAGAUUAAACCCAUCUCUCCCCAUCCGUGGCGACAAACGCCAUUUUGAGAAUGAAAUUGGUUACAUCAAUAGCCCAGGUAUCACCUUGGUUACAUCAGUAGCCCCGGUAUCACCUUGGCUAUUGCCUUCUCUUUAUAUUCUGCGGGUGAAACGUGACUGACCUACUCCCCCUUCCUCCGCCACCCACUCUCCCACUGCUAUACGUCUCCCAGCACGUAAGCUUUAGUCCCCCGCCGGCCCACUCAAGCCCUGUUCAUUUAGUCUAACUGGAAAUGAGGGGAAGGAAUAAUUACCUUAUUCAUCUAUACUGAACAAAAAUAUAAACACAACAUGCAACAAUUUAAAAGAUUUUACUGAGUUACAGUUCAUAUAAGCAAAUCAGUCAAUUGAAAUAAAUUAAUUAGGCCCUAAUCUAUGGAUAUUCACAUGACUGGGCAGGGGUGCAGCCAUGGGUGGGCCUUGGAAGGCAUAGGCCCACCCACCCACUCUGCAGCCAGGCCCAGCCAAUCAGAAUGACUUUUCCCCACAAAAGGGCUUUAUUAUAGACAGAAAUAGUCCUGGCGUGGUUACACGUGGUCUGCGGUUGUGAGGCCAGUUGGACGUACUGCCAAAUUCUCUAAAACGACGUUGGAGGCAGCUUAUGGUAGAGAAAUGAACAUUCAAUUCUCUGGCAACAGCUCUGGUGGACAUUCCUGCAGUCAGCAUACCAAUUGCACGCUCCCUUAAAACUUGAGACAUCUCUGGCAUUGUGUUGUUUGUCAAAACAGCACAUUUUAAAGUGGCCUUUUAUGGUCCCCAGCACAAGGUGCACCUGUGUAAUGAUCAUGCUGUGUAAAUCAGCUUCUUGAUAUGCCACACCUGUCAGGUGGAUGGAUUAUCUUGGCAAAAGAGAAAUGCUCACUAACAGGGAUGUAAACAAAUUUGUGCACAAAAUCUGAGAGAAAUACGCAUUUUGAACGUAUGGAAAAUGUCUGGGAUUUUUUAUUUCAGCUCAUGAAACAUGGGACCAACACUUUACAUGUUGCGUUUAUAUUAUGGAAUAUAUGGAAGUUCUACACGCUGCCAGUGGAGGCGCUGGAUCUGUCUAACUAGCUGCUUAGCGCCCCGGGAACACGAGCUGAUUGGACUAGAAAGCUUCUCCUCCAAGAAAAGGCUUUGUAUCUCGCUGGCACACAGGUCAAUUUGACAUGCAGUGCAGAAGAACCACUCCCAGGAUGGCUAUGCCGGAGUUGUGGGUUCAGCCAAGUGAAUCUCUGGAUGUGGUUAAAGAGAGCCAUGGAUUUGGAUCUCCAGGUAGAGGGGCAUGAUUGGAACACGUCUUUCUCCUUAGCCUGUAGCCCUGUUUGAUUGUCCGGGUGUUCGCUUCAUUAAGAGACAUGGGAACACACACACAAAUUAAACGUCUGCUCAUCAAAGGGCUUGAGAGAUUAAACGCUUCCUUGAACUUUUUGUGCGUAUGGAACAUUUCUGGGAUUUUUUAUUUCAGCUCAUGAAACAUGGGACCAACACUUUACAUGUUGUGUUUAUAUUAUGAUAUUAUGGUGUGGGGGAUGCUUCCCAUCAGCCAUUUGUUUUAAUUUAUCAUACAUUUGGGCACAUUAAAAUAAUUAAAUCGUGACUUGGGUUUGUGCUACUGUUAUUAAGGCAAAGUGGGAACAUUGUCAUUGAGCUGCUGCUCUCCUCUGUGGCUGCAUGUAAUAAAUAAUAAAUAAGUCAUUUAGCAGACGCUCUUAUCCAGAGCGCUUAAGGAGCAAUUAGGGUAAGUGCCUUCGCUCAAGGGCACAUCAGACAGAUUUUUCACCUAGUCGGCUCGGGGAUUAGAAACCAGCGACCCUUGCGGUACUGGUUAAACGCUCUUAACCACCUAAGCUACCUGCCACCAUGUCAUGAAACGUACAGGCAGGGUGAUACCUAGGAGUGGGCUAGGAUUAUCAAGGGUUUUCAAAGAACCCAGGCAUGAAGGCCAUUGGCCUUUAGUCUGUGUUAGGCUAUAUUCGAGUUGGGCCUGAAUCUUAACUAAGAAACUCUAUUUCCACCCUGUAACCAGGGAGCACACGAACGGCCUGUCUAUUUCUCUGUCGACCUGCCUCGCUCCACACUCAGUAAGCACAGAGGCGUGAACCCAUAUGGAAAAUCUAAGCGAAAUCAGUAGCGAUUUACAGGAAGGACCAGCCCUGGGUGGGAUUCAUUUGCUUCGUGACAUUUGCAGAGUAGUACAUUUCAAAGCCAAUGUGAGUUUAAUGUACCUUUAGCCUUUAGUCCCAUUGAUUUGGCCCUUGGUUAAUAUAUCUGAUUCUCGUGUAUUGAGGCGGUCAAUAUUUAUUUCUGAUUAGGUGAGCCAUGAAUAGAUUGCAUUUCCACACUUGUUCAUUAUGUUACUGCAAAAUCAGAUUUCGUCCACAAGGAGUGGGUCAGCCACAAGCCAUUGGUGUAGUAACACACUGGACACACACUGGUUGAAUCAACAUUGUUUAAAUGACGUUGAACCAACGUGGAAUAGACGUUGAAUUGACAUCCGUGCCCAGUGGGAAGUGAUGUGGCUAGCUCUCACGUUUGUAUAAAAAGUAGGUUUGAUGCCCCAAAUCGAUAUUUGUUCAUCAUAAGAAUAUACCCCCUUGCAUUUUGAAAAAGGCUUUUUUCUUCCUUAUUUGAGAGAGAUGAAAGUGAACAACACAGCCCUCAGCUGAAGCCGAAGCUAAUUUUCAGUUAACAUGCAACUGAUCAUUAGGCUUCAAUUCUCCCGAGCCAAAGGUCAAUAAUUGCAUCUUGGGGAAAAAUAUUUUAACCAAACAUUGGGAGCCUUGUGUUGAUGCAUUAAGUUAAGGGUUCCCCUGUAAUUCCAUUAGUUGUUUUGAAUCGGGGGAGCGGAGGAUGAAAAAUGAGCCUCCCUGCCAUGGUUACAAAGUUGCCGUCCAGGGUAACGGCCAUCACACACAGAGAGGUGCUUUCCUUCUGUUCUUUUCUUUCUCCCUUACCACCUCUGCCAUCCCUUAUUCUUCCUUUGUUUUCUCUCCAAUUCCUUAUUUAUUCAACUGCUCCAACAAGAUCAUGUCCAUCACAGCCAUGCUGUCAGGUAAUAGUCAGGGAGAAAGUGCGGUAUGCCAAUCACAAGCCUCCGUCACUAUUGUAGGUGAUAUGUUUUCUUGUGAAAAGUUGUAUGUUCAUGGCAAAUUUGCCCUCCAUCCCCCACAAAAUAUAGAUUCAGUGAUCUGCACCUGCUACUUAUUUUUCCCUUAGUUGUCUAGACGAUGCUCCCCUUCACCCUUGACCCCUUUCUUGUUUAGUCUAUUUGACCAGACAGUUUUUGGAGAUAAUUAGAUGAUAUGUUUAAGUCAUGAACUUCUCCUGAAACCCAAGACUUUGAUGUGCUCGGGUUUGCAGACACAACAUUUGUUGACACUAGAUUUGUUUGUAUGGUGUCUAGAGCUGGUCCAUUUCACACCAGCUGUUUCAUUAGAAAAACAUAUAUUUGUCCGGGAAAGAAUGUAAAACCAUGCCUCUUUGUCAGUGUAGCAAUGCCAUCUCUCUAGCACUGAUAGACUACAAUAAGCUCCAACAAGAGCUGUGUAAAUGAGGUGUAAUCUCAAUAACGAUGUUGAUGAAUGUGAUUUGACUGCGGCUGAUAGCAAAUAUAAUCUCAAAUGGUGCUUUAGAUCUGCCUACUACAAACGUAGACUAGUCUUUGCUCCCUGCAUGGAGAUGGGAGACGGCAUGAAGGUUUGCCCAUGACCCCACUGGGCACAGUGAAGUAGAAAAAAAGAGGGCUAGUGAAAGGAGCUGGCAGUGUCAGUCAGUUAAUAUUUGUCAGGCAGGAAAAAUGUGUGUCUACAGUAAAUUAAUGAGUUUAUAGUCUAGUCUGAGCAGCACCAAUGUGCUCUGGCAGUAAUUGCACUUUAGGCUUGCCAAAGCAGAAUGCUCCUCAUUGAGAUUAAUCCGAUACUUUUGAACGGGGGGAAAGGAAAUUUAACUAGCUAGCUGUUUGGACAUGCCACACAUUUAUAACGGGUGUGUCAGGGAACCUGGUUUUCUGCUGAGUUCACUACCGAGUCAGCAGUGGAAACUAGGCCUUGCAUCGCCCAGGCAACCAAGUGCAGGGGUUCGAUAAACACUCAACUUUCAUCGGUUAAGUCCACGAUGGAGCAUGUUUUGACGUGAGGCAGCUCCGAGCAAGUUGUGGUAGGGCGAGAGGUGUUUGAUGCAGCCUUUUGAUGUACGAGUGCUUUUCCGCUUGGGUGCAAGACCACGGUUUUCCCUCUCUUAAGUGCUCAGGCCCAGAUCGAGUGGUGGAGGACACUUUGCCUUUGGUCUCUUUCUGCACCACUGCUUAAAGAGUUUGAGUCAGAUGCAUGCUAGCUUCAUAGAUGCCCUUUUGCCAACCAGUUUGAGUAAAUAUACUUUUUGGGGGGUUGCAGACCCUUUCCAUGCCCUUCCUCUCAUCCUCAACGUCUACCACGCCUUCAAACAGAGUACGUGUCCUUCACUAAAUGUCCAUUGAGCAUGCUUUGAAACCCAGGACUAGACUAAAUCUGUCUCUGAUAAACCAACCUUAAUGUCACCUAACAUAAAUCUCUCGCCUCUCACAGACCACGAGUCGACACAGUGGUGCUACGACAACUUUGUGAACUACCGGUCGCUGACAACGUGCGCCAGCAGCUGUCCCGGAUCAUGGACCGCUUCAACCUGCCCCGCUGGAGCACAGAGUUCACCAGCAUAGACUACUAUAUCAACAUUCACAGAGCACUGGUCACCAGAUUCUUCAUGCAGGUCAGUGCUCACCGGCCAAACAGAGAAAGGGCCCAGAGGGUUCUGUCUCAGUAUGUGUCGUCAUGCUCUUGUCCCCCAACAACACAGCACUUGGUUUUGACCUUUAGGCAGUUGGCAAGUCCCUUGUACAUGUUCCCAAAACAUCACAGACCAGAGUGGAGUAUGUAGAUUAGUCAGCUACACCUAGUCAAUGUUUUGAAAUUGGAAAAUAGCAAGGUACAAUGCCUUGCAAAAAUAUUUUUGUUUUUUUCAAAAAAAUAUCUAUUUUUUUCAACAAAACAAAUCUCCUAUUUUGUUGCAUUACAACCUGUAAUUUAAAUUGAUUUUUAUUUGGAUUUCAUGUAAUGGACAUACACAAAAUAGUCCAAAUUGGUGAAGUGAAAUGAAAAAAUUUACUUGUUUCAAAUAAUUCAAAAAAAUUAAUAACGGAAAAUAUGCAUGUGCAUAUGUAAUCACCCCUUUGCUAUGAAGCCCCUAAAUAAGAUCUGGUGCAACCAAUUACCUUCAGAAGUCACAUAAUUAGUUAAAUAAAGUCCACCUGUGUGCAAUCUAAGUGUCACAUGAUCUCAGUAUAUAUACACCUGUACUAAAAGGCCCCAGAGUCUGCAACACCACUAAGCAAGGGGCACCACCAAGCAAGCGGCACCAAGGAGCUCUCCAAACAGGUCAGGGACAAAGUUGUGGGGAAGUACAGAUCAGGGUUGGGUUAUAAAAAAAUAUCCAAAACUUUGAACAUCCCACGGAGCACCAUUAAAUCCAUUAUUUAAAAAAUUGAAAGAAUAUGGCACCACAACAAACCUGCAAAGAGAGGGCCGCCCACCAAAACUCACGGACCAGGCAAGGAGGCAUUAAUCAGAGGGGCAACAAAGAGACCAAAGAUAACCCUGAAGGAGCUGCAAAGCUCCACAGCGGAGAUUGGAGUAUCUGUCCAUAGGACCACUUUAAGCCGUACACUCCAUAGAGCUGGGCUUUACGGAAGAGUGGCCAGAAAAAAGCCAUUGCUUAAAGAAGAAAAUAAGCAAUCACAUUUGGUGUUCGCCAAAAGGUAUGUGGGAGACACCCCAAACAUAUGGAAGAAGGUACUCUGGUCAGAUGAGACUAAAAUUGAGUUUUUUGGCCAUCAAGAAAAAUACUAUGUCUGGCGCAAACCCAACACCUCUCAUCACCCCGAGAACACCAUCCCCACAAUGAAGCAUGGUGGUGGCAGCAUCAUGCUGUGGGGAUGUUUUUCAUCGGCAGGGACUGGGAAACUGGUCAGAAUUGAAGGAAUGAUGGAUGGCGCUAAAUACAGGGAAAUUCUUGAGGGAAACCUGUUUCAGUCUUCCAGAGAUUUGAGACUGGGACAGAGGUUCACCUUCCAGCAGGACAAUGACCCUAAGCAUACUGCUAAAGCAACACUCGAGUGGUUUAAGGGGAAACAUUUAAAUGUCUUGGAAUGGCCUAGUCAAAGCCCAGACCUCAAUCCAAUUGAGAAUCUGUGGUAUGACUUAAAGAUUGCUGUACACCAGCGGAACCCAUCCAACUUGAAGAACCUGGAGCAGUUUUGCCUUGAAGAAUGGGCAAAAAUCCCAGUGGCUAGCUUAUAGACAUACCCCAAGAGACUUGCAGCUGUAAUUGCUGCAAAAGGUGGCUCUACAAAGUAUUGACUUUGGGGGGGUGAAUAGUUAUGCACACUUUUUGUUGUCUUAUUUCUUGUUUGUUUCACCCCAAAAAAUAUUUUGCAUCUUCAAAGUGGUAGGCAUGUUGUGUAAAUCGAAUGAUACAAACCCCAAAAAAAUCAAUUUUAAUUCCAGGUUGGAAGGCAACAAAAUAGGAAAAAUGCCAAGGGUGGUGUGAACUUUCGCAAGCCGCUGUACCACUGACUUCAAUAUACACCGAGUGUACAAAACAUGCUCUUUCCAUGACAGAAUGACCAAGUGAAUCCAGGUGAAAGCUAUGAUCCCUUGUUGAUGUCACUAUUUCAAUCCACUUCAAUGAUGGAGGAGAGGACAGAUUAAAGAAUGAUUUUUAAGCCUUAAAACAAUUGAGACAUGGAUUGUGUAUGUGUACCAUUCAGAGGGUGAAUGGGCAAGACAAAAUAUUUAAGUGCCUUUGAAUGGGUUAUGGUAGUAGGUGCCAGGCACACCGGUUUGAGUUUGUCAAGAACUGCAAUGCUGCUGGGUUUUUCACGCUCAACAGUUUCCUGUGUGUAUCAAAAAUGGUCCACCACACAAAGGACAUCCAGCCAACUUGACACAACUGUGGGAAGCAAUAAAGCCCUUUAUCUAUUUCCCCAGAGUCAGAUGAACUCAUGGAUACCAUUUGUAUGUAUCUGCAUCCAGUAUGAAGUAAGUUAAAUAGGUUACAAUAGCUUUCUGUGACUGAAUGUAACCUCACUUCGCUACCCUAAAACUUUAUUUGUUAUAUAUAAACCAUAACGCAAAGUAUGCUGAUUGGCUGCCAAAACGUUAACUGGGUUAAAUGACUGGUAUUUCUCUUUCUUGACACACUGUUGCGUGUGAGAGAGGAGUGUCUUGAGAGUGGUCUGCUCCAGUCUUAGUCUGGAGCAGACCAUGAGAAACUAGAUUCCCUGGUCUGAUGAAACCAAGAUUGAACUCUUUGGCCUGAAUGCCAAGCGUCACGUCUGGAAGAAACCUGGCACCAUCCCUACGGUGAAGCAUUGUGGUGGUAGCAUCAUGCUGUGGGGAUGUUUUUCAGCAGCAGGGACUGGGAGAACGGAGCAAAGUACAGAGAGAUCCUUGAUGAAAACCUGUUCCAGAGCGCUCAGGACCUCAGACUGGGGCGAAGGUUCACCUUCCAACAGGACAACGACCCUAAGCACACAGCCAAGACAACACAGGAGUGGCUUCGGAAACAAGUCUCUGAAUGCUUUGAGUGGCCCAGCCAGAGCCCGGACUUCAACACGAUCGAACAUCUCUGGAGAGACCUGAAAAUAGCUGUGCAGCAACGAUCCCCAUCCAACCUGACAGAGAUUGAGCGGAUCUGCAGAGAAGAAUGGGAGAAACUCUCCAAAUACAGGUGUGCCAAGCUUCUAGCACCAUACCCAAGAAGACUCAAUGCUCUAAUCACUGCCAAAGGUGCUUCAACAAAGUACUGAGUACAGGGUCUGAAUACUUAUGUAAAUGAAAUAUUUCAAAAAAUUCUAUAAACCUGUUUUUGCUUUGUCAGUAUGGGGUAUUGUGUGUAGAUAGAUGAGGGGGAAAAAACGAUUUCAUCAAUUGUAGAAUAAGGCUGUAAUGUAACAAAAUGUGAACAAAGUCAAGGGGUCUGAAUACUUUACGAAUGCACUGUACGUCUUGAUUUACCCAGUUUAUCAAUAGAGAUUUACCAUUCAAAUAAAAUGAAUACCAUUAUGUUGAUAUGCAGUUAGAUUAGUAAAAACAGUCACAUUCGUUUUAUUUCAAAAUUGAUUAAUCUCUGGAAAAUGUUGUCAUCACAAUGUUCUAAUCUAAUGAUAUUGAAUAUCGGCAUAAAAUAUCAGACAUCGGCCUCCUUGACCUCCCCAAAGAAAUUCGGUAUCGGCCUUCAAAUAAAUCCAUAUCAGUCGUUGUAACACAACACGUCAAGAUAUUUAUUGUAAUGGAUAGCCUGCCCUAGGUAUACACACAGGCAUUACCAGUUAAACACAUAAUAAGAAAUCAAGUCAAUUUGCUGCCCACUCAGGGAAAAUAAAUGACAUUUUGUUGAAAGUCCAUUUCCGGAGGGAACCUGAAAACAUGCGACCUGACAAGUUGAAUUACGACAUUAAUAUUUAAAUAUUUGUCAACAUUAACCUUUAUCACAAAGACAAAUUUGUAGCUCAUGUUGCAGUUUAGGGGCGUUAGAACGCACGUCUUUGUUCGGCGAGGUCUUUAUUGAGACUGAUUGCCCUGGUUAAUCGCAACAGCCGUCGUCUGCAUAUUAAAGUACCACGAAAGGAAACAAAAAAAACUCAAUGCCCUCUUAACUUGACGAAUUCCGCUGAAGUUUCAAUCACCUAUGCCUAGAGCUGCCGCUUUCCACCCUUUUCUGUGGAAUUGAUUGUGUUCAUUGUACAUUAAGGUAGGUACUACAGUCCAUGAGGUCAGUGUAGUUUAACCAUAAUAGUGACAUUUGGCAGCAAGGAUCCUACAUAGUAAUAACUGUUCAAUUGUUGCAUUGCUUCAGGCUAGAAAACAAACCUACAGAGCAGGAACGCUCGGUCAAAAAAACGUGUUGAAAAUGCAUUUCUGUGCGGAUAUGGACUUUAUGAUGUACUGUACUGUAUGUGUUUGAUAAUAAAUGUCUGUGGAAGUGAUCUUGAAAAUGUACUGUAGUUAGUGUGUGCCCUGUGUAGCUAAUAUCUAGCCUACUUAUUCCUAUCUGUCUGUGUGUCUACCAGGUAGCCCAUUUGGAGCGUAUGGGCCACUACCUGACGGUGAAGGACAACCAGGUGGCCCAGCUGCACCCCUCCACUGUGCUGGACCACAAGCCGGAGUGGGUGAUGUACAAUGAGUUUGUGCUGACCACCAAGAACUACAUCCACACCUGCACCGACAUCAAACCAGAGUGGUAUUUAUAAAUCAUGAAUAUUUAAAAAAAAAGUGUUUGUGUGUAUUGUUUUGCAUUGUUAGGUAUACUGCACUGUUGGAGCUAAAAACAUAAGCAUUUCGCUGCACCUUUCUAUAAAAUGUGUACGCGACCAAUAAAAUUAGAUUUGGUAAGCUGUCAGCAGCUUACUGUCUACCUAGCCCUAGAUCCAUCUUGUCUAGUGUGUGUGUGUGCAUGCCUAUAGUCAGUAGUCUCCUAGAUUCUGCUAUGUGUGUGUCUCUAUGUGCUUGCCUGCAGUCAACCCGCCUGCUCCGAUAUUCCUCUAGACCUGUGAGAAUGUGUGUACACGUGUGUGAACAAGCAGUCAGCGUGCUCCUUGUGUGUGUGUGAGACUGAGUGUGUGAGACUGAGUGUGUGUGUGUGUGUGUGUGUGUGAGACUGAGUGUGUGUGUGUGUGUGUGAGACUGAGUGUGUGUGUGUGUGUGAGACUGAGUGUGUGUGUGUGUGCGAGACUGAGUGUGUGUGUGUGUGUGUGUGUGUGAGACUGAGUGUGUGUGUGUGUGUGUGAGACUGAGUGUGUGUGAGACUGAGUGUGUGUGUGACUGAGUGUGUGUGUGACUGAGUGUGUGUGUGUGUGUGUGUGUGUGUGUGUGUGUGUGUGUGUGUGUGACUGAGUGUGUGUGUGUGUGUGUGUGUGACUGAGUGUGUGUGUGUGUGUGUGUGUGACUGAGUGUGUGUGUGUGUGUGUGUGACUGAGUGUGUAUGUGUGUGUGACUGAGUGUGUGUGUGUGAGACUGAGUGUGUGUUUGUGUGUGUGUGAGACUGACUGAGUGUGUGUGUGUGUGUGACUGUGUGUGUGUGUGUGUGUGUGUGUGUGUGUGACUGAGUGUGUGUGUGACUGAGUGUGUGUGUGUGUGUGUGACUGAGUGUGUGUGUGUGUGUGUGUGACUGAGUGUGUGUGUGACUGAGUGUGUAUGUGUGUGUGACUGAGUGUGUAUGUGUGUGUGACUGAGUGUGUAUGUGUGUGUGACUGAGUGUGCGCAUUGUUGGAUUACGUGGGUGUUUGUCUCUUUAUGUCUUUGUUCUUCUGUCUGUGUGUCCAUGCACAUUUAUGUGUCGGAUGAAGUGUCUGCGCCAGUCUCUGUGUGCGAACGUGGGUGAGAAAGCCUUCUCUCUCUCUCUCUCACACACACACACACACACACACACAAAAUUGCAGACACAUCAUGACUAAUAUGUUUACUUGUCUCCUUUCCAAGGCUGGUGAAAAUCGCCCCGCAGUACUAAGAGAUGGGUAACUUCCAGUUGGAGCGCAUCGUCACUAAACUCUCAACCAAGGAAUACUCUCAGAACUGACACUAUAGUAUACGCCAGAACAAUACCAUCAGCACCACCACUAAUGAACUCUGAACUCUUCAUCUGAGCCUUGAAUUUUCUUAUUUGUUUAUAAUGUAUUAUUUUCAUAAUUUUGUACUUUUGGUUUGGCUCCUUAUUUUGACCACCUUUGGUCAUUGUGAUUAACAGGUGGUUGGCAUUGCGGUUGAUCCGGGCGGGAGUGAGCGGUCAACGCGGUUACCGUCAUUGACCAUGUUAAAGCAUUACCAUUUAUGUUGAUUUCCUCUUUAGAACGUGUGAACUCUUACCGAAAUGUACUUAGGUACAGAAUGUCCAUGCUAAUUCAUUGAACAAACUUUGACUUCAAUUAAAGGAAAAAUACAUCUCAGCUUUGACGGUUUAGCACCCACCGUCUUGCUUGUCUAGACAGCUACCAAACUUUAGUAUUGGGGGGGAUGAGCUCAGAAGGUUGAAAUAUUAAUGUAUUUUAAUGUGAAUGAACACAAGGAUGCUCCCAUUGUGUGAACCAAUGGUGGAGUUCGUUUUGCAUGGCCUGGUGCCCCGAGUGGGUAGACAUUUAACUUAAGGACCAAUGGAAUGGUCAAAUAUUAGCAAACUCAUCCCACCCGGGCCAUGCAAAACUAACUUGACCAAUGUGAGGCAUUAUAGGGGUGUGCAGAUUGAUACAUUUUCUGGUCACCCGUAUAGAUAGGGCGGCAGGUAGCUUAGUGGUUAAGAGCGUUGUGCCAGUAACCGAAAGGUCGCUGGUUCUAAUCCCCGAGCCAACUAGGUGAAAAAUCUGUCGAUGUGCCCUUGAGCAAGGCACUUAACCCUAAUUGCUCCUGUAAGUCGCUCUGGAUAAGAGCGUCUGCUAAAUGACCAAUAAUUAAUUAAUUAAUUAAUUAAUUAAUAUAGAUUAAUAAACUAUAAGAAUUCGUAAUGAAGGCCUCUGCAUUUUUGUUUUUCAAGCUUGGCAUUGGAAGUCAAUAGGGCUGUGACGGUCAUGGAAUUUUGGAUAACGGUAAUUAGCCAUCCAAAUGGCAGCGGUUUCCGUAAUAACUGUAACAAUACAUUUUUUUCUCCAUACAUUUUCUCCUCUCCUCCGCUGCCAUAGAAAUAGACUUAAUGGAACAGGUGUCCCCAUUCAAGUCAAUGAUGGCAGGAUGGGUGGACUGGCAGCCAUUGCAAGUGUACCCAUAGGAGCAAAGCAGGAAGUACAAGUGUACCCAUCAAUAUGGGCUGUGAUUGUAUCAUUCAACUCAACUGACAUUACAAAAAAUACAUUGCAUUGCAUGAGCUGCAUCAUUUUGCAUAAUUUAAAUGAACAUUCUACAUUACCCUGGAAAGAUUGCAUCACAACACCAGACAGCCAUUGCGAGUGUACCCAUGAGUUUACCAGUCAAAUUGCCAGGGGUAGAGGUUCCAAGCCAUUCUAUUCAUUCUAUUUCAAUGUAUUCUUCUGCUGCUGGAUUGUGGGAUGCAUUGCCUAGGCAACCGAAGACUUGUUCGCUACAACACCUUGCUUGUUUCCGCAAGGGAGAGGCUAUACGGACAAGCCUGGUGCCCAAAAUUUAUGACGGAAGUCGCACAGCGAGAGUUGAGUGGACGAACGUAUUCAGUUCAGCCCUCCCCAGGGUAAUGUCUAGGUAAAUACAGCUUUUGUCAAAUUGACAUCAAAAGUACAUUUUUGGGGGGGAUUUUAGCUAAACCUCACCCUUUUCCUAACCUUAACCUAAUUAUCCUAACCUGAUACGUUAAUUCUCCUAAACCUGCUACGAAAAGUAUAUUUUGAUAAAAGCGGUAUCCCUUCUAGACAAAACCCCUCCCCAGCUAGCUAGUUUGCUUGUGGCUAGGAACAUCAGCGAGAAUUUGAAACUUGUCUGCCGAAGUUGGGACUUGGGAGUGUUCAGAAUCAUUCAGUUUUUAUCUGAGUAAUUCUUUUUAUUUUUUUAUUUUACAAAACUGGAGACUUCGCCAUAGUUGUACAUUAGAUGUAAAUCAAUACAAUAAAUGUGCUUUAGCUGUCACACUGGCCUGAUAUUGGCGACACUAUAUAGGUACUUCCCUCUCCCUAUUGCAAGACAGCAGUGUUUGGCAAGCAGGAGAGAAGGAAACCAUGCCCCAUGUUGUUGUGUGUUGCCGGCUUGCAGCAAACUCUUCCCAUUGAGCAGUAGACCGUAUCACAGUGACAUCCAGAUGGUUACUACCAACAUUAUACAUUAUUUCUCGUGUAGGAUGUUCUCAUACUCUAAAUAUAAUCAAGUGGGAUGGAACAAAUUGGCCACGUAGCUACCGCCAGCGACAUGUGAUACAGCUGCCCGGUGAAGCAACUGCUGCCCAUUGGGAAUUACAACACCGUUGCACUGGUCAUCCACACUGGCUUGUCGUUACGUUAGCUAAUUGGCAUGUCACGGUGACAUCCAGAUGGUGACCAAUACAAGUUAUUUCUCCCUCUCCCAUCGAAAUAAAUAUACAUUUAUUUUACAUGUUUUAAUUAGCGCCAUGCUGCUGUUGUUGCCAGCUAGCCAGCAUAAACUAGGCUCAUCAGGACGACUGACAACUGACUAAACCGAAUCCAUUUGUCUCCACUGGACUGUCAACUGCGCGACAUACGACAUCAAUUUUGGCACCAGGCGUGUCCGUAUAGCCUCUCCCUUUCACCAAGGAGCAACUAAGUUUCAUCACGUUAAGAUUCGAUGUUACCAUAGAAAGGGACUCAACUAUACGAAUGCCCGACCGUCCCGUCUGUCAGCUGUUCGUCUCCCCCCAUGACUGUCUUCAUCCAUAACUGUCGGUUAUACGGUAAUUGCGCCAGCCCUAGAAGUCAAUGUCUGAGUUUAUUUUUAUAUAUAAUUUGUAGUAUAUAUCAGCCAAUAAGAACUUUCAAAGUCCACCCAUUUCAGGAUAAUUCCAGACAUUGUCGUUAGUUUGAAAGUAAAUCAGAGACAGGUUAAUUACAAAUGUUUGAGGGUGAAAUCGAUAUGAAAAUGUAUUUUUAUUUCUCUUGGAGUGGUAGGAUCAUAGGAUGCAUAACAUUUUUCACGUUUUUGGCAAGCCACUGACGAGGCUGCAUAAUCAUUUUAAACAGGACCCAUAAACAUUCCCUAAACAUUCUUCAGUACACUUCCUAAUUCGUCAUCAGGAUUUGAACAACUAGUUCUUAUGAUCAAUCUUUGAACAGAAAUGAACCGAACAUUGCUUUACUUCUCUAUCCAAGAAAGUUGGAUGAGCCCUGGAGAAGUUUCUUUGAGAGCUCCCCUGUCAUCCUAUGGGUCAGCAGCCCAAAUGAAGCACGCCGCAGUGUGAGGCAGAGCGUAAAGCCACAAGGAAUUGGGCGUCAGGAGGACUCCUCAGAGAAGACAGCCUUGAAGAUGGGGCAGUCCCCCAGGCUGAGGUCAUCCCAG